GUUCGGUUGCUGAACUGACUGGUAAAAUAUCUCCACUCCCUCCCUCUGUCUCUCCCUAUGAACUGUCUUCAGAAAGAACAGGAAAGAUGGGAGAAAGACAUGGUUACUUAGCUCACCCUAUGCUAGUCUGAUACUUGUUGGGAAGUAAAAGAGUUGUUUUGGAAAAGAAAAGGUCUAAAAAGUCUAGGUGAAGUAAUAGUCCAUAAUUUGACCUUUCAUGGAUUUGGAGCUUCAUUAAGUCGACAGGAAAUGAAUAGAUACGAAUUUUUUUUCAACUUUGAUUAUUCUGAGACUAGUUCUAUACGUUCAGUUACUGUGCUGACUGGAAAGAAUGGUUGGAGCUGAUUACUUGGCUGAUGAAAGAGAGAGAGCCGAGUUUGAUGUGGAGGAGAUGAAGAUUGUCUGGGCGGGUUCUCAGCAUGAUCUUGAAAUGUCUGGUCGGAUUGCUCGCCUUGUUGAUAAUGAUCCUGUCUUCCGCAAAGACAACAGAUGUACGCUGGAUAGGAAGGAACUCUAUACAAACACGCUGAGAAAAGCUGCUCAUGCAUGGAAACUGAUUACCGAGCUUCGCCUCUCUGAGGAAGAAGCGUUUAAACUGAGAUUUUACAUAGACCAGCCGUCUUUUAUGGACCUUCACUGGCAUAUGUUUAUUCCAACAAUCGCCGGACAAGGGACAGAGGAGCAGAAAAGGAAAUGGCUGCCGCUGGCUUACAAAAUGAAAAUUAUAGGCACUUAUGCACAAACAGAGCUAGGACAUGGAUCUGACAUUCAAGGCAUCGAAACAACUGCAACUUUUGAUUCCAAAACUGAUGAAUUCAUCAUGCACAGUCCUACUCUAAGUUCUAGCAAAUGGUGGCCAGGAGGACUAGGAAAAACUUCCACUCAUGCUGUGGUUUUUGCUCGACUCGUAAUUGGUGGCCAGGAUCAUGGAGUGAAUGGGUUUAUUGUGCAGCUGAGGAGUAUGGAUGAUCAUUCACCUCUUCCGGGCAUCACCGUUGGUGAUGUCGGGAUGAAGUUCGGCAAUGGAGCUUAUAACUCUAUGGACAAUGGUUUUAUGAGAUUUGAUGACGUUCGCAUCCCCAGGGAUCAAAUGCUAAUGCGGAUUAUGGAGGUUACAAGAGAUGGAAAAUGCGUGAAAUCUGGUGUACCAUCACGGCUGGUAUACAGUACGAUGUUGAGCACUCGGCAAAAGGUCAUGUCUGAGGCUUCCUUAGGUCUUUCACGGGCAGUUUGUAUUGCAGUUAGAUACAGUGCAGUUCGUAGACAAUUUGGAUCAACGAAUGGUGGUCUCGAGAACCAGGUGAUUGAUUAUAAAACACAGCAGAACAGACUGUUCCCUUUGCUGGCUUCUGCUUAUGCUUUCAGAUUUGUUGGUGAGUGGCUCAAGUGGCUUUACACCGAUGUAUCUAAGAGGUUUCAUGCCAAUGACUUCUCAACUUUGUCCGAGGUUCAUGCAUGCACUGCUGGCCUCAAGUCUCUCACGACAUUUUCCACUGCGGAUGGGAUCGAAGAAUGUCGUAAGUUGUGUGGUGGGCAAGGUUACUUGUGUAGCAGUGGUCUCCCUGAGCUAUUAGCUGUUCAUCUACCCGCGUGUACAUAUGAAGGGGACAACAUUGUACUGCUUUUACAGGUUGCAAGGUUCCUCAUGAAAACAGUGUCACAGUUGGGUUCAGGUGUGGCCCUUGUCGGGACAACAGCUUAUAUGCAAAGAGCAGAGCACCUGAUGCAAUGUUGUUGUGAUGUUCAAACUGCUGAGGAUUGGUUGAGGCCUGGUGUGAUAAUAGAGCUAUUUGAAGCAAGGGCCAUCAGGAUGUCCAUUGCCUGCUCAGAAUCUCUCAGCCAGUUUGUAAACUUUGAACAAGGUUUCUUUGAACUCUCAGCUGACAUGGUAGAAGCAGCCAUUGCUCAUUGCCAAUUGAUAGUCGUUUGCAAGUUUCAAGAGAAAUCAAAGCAAGACAUACCGGGAAAUGGCGUGAAAACACAGCUGGAAACGCUCUGCAGCAUCUAUGGACUCCAUCUUAUACGCAAACACAUCGGUGAUUUCCUCUCAACAGGAUGCAUCACUCCCUCCCAGGGUGAACUCGCUGGCCAGAUGCUGCGGUCACUGUACGGUCGUAUCCGACCAAACGCAGUGGCCCUCGUAGACGUUUUCAAUUACACGGACCAUUUCCUCGGCUCUGUUCUUGGCCGUUACGACGGGAAUGUUUACCAGAAGCUCUUUGAGAAUGCCUUAACUGAUCCUUUCAACGAUUCGGACGUCCAUCAAGAUGGGUACUCUGAAUACAUUCAGCCGAUGAUGAAGCGACGCCUACGCUCUUCGGCUUUAUAGUUUUGGUUUUAUGAUAAUAUACGAGUGUCCUUUUUUGUAUUAAAAAAAAAAGGACGCGUCUUUGUGUCGUGUUUGAUGGAGAGUUUUGUCAUAAACUUGGACUUGGGUUAUUUCUAAGUUAUGUUUGAAGUUA